UUCGGCGUAGAAGCGCACAGCUGCCGGUGUAAGAAAAACGCUACUGUUCUACCAACAUUGAUUGUAAGGAAGAAACUGCUGCGUUCCGAAGCCAGCCAGUGCUCCAUGGACAAGGUAAAGACGUGUGCUGGAGAUGAUGGCACGCACAGGCUGUACGGAUUCCCGGAAGUGUUUUACCAUAAAUCCCAGCAGUGUAAAUGGAUUCGCUUGAUACUGCUCUUUGGGCUCGGUGCAGUUAUUCUGCCGAUUGUGGAUAUUUUGACCGAUUUCGCUUCUAUAAUAACUUUAUGGAUAUACAAUCCCUGUGACAUAUCGGUGUGGUGGUUAAUAAUUAUCUCGACGGUGCCUUUCCUUCCCUUCGUAUUUUCCCUUAUCAAAGAGCGCAUCGACUUCUAUUACGAAGAUGUUGAUGCGUAUGCGGUGUCGCAAAUUAACUGGCGACUGGCCCGCCAUCAUUUAGUCCGAGCGGAAGAGCAGCUGCUGGUGGAUAAACCGGGAGAGAAAUUCAGCAUACACCACUCUACUAUGCAAGCCGCCUUUUUGCCUACGUGGCGGUCAAGAUUGGUCAUUGAACCCGAUGUAUUUCCCAUGUCGUUGUUUUACCGGUGGAAACAGUUCUACAUUGCCUGGAGGGAUGCUCCCAACAUUAUCACGAAAUAUCGUCUACAGCGCCACCAAUUCGACGAAAUCGAUAUCGAAUAUCACGAUCUCCUGCUGCAACGCGCUCUAUUAGCGGAGAUUAAGUACGAGUCCAGUCUGCAGCUGAUCAUCCAGCUGGUUCUACUGGGAACCGGUUUGCAGCCGGUGUGGUGGAUACCUUGUGCAUCAGCCGUCGUUUCAUUGCUGUCAAUUGCCAAAUACUUCCCAUCGGCGGCACAGCUCCCCGGAAAAUACGCAUUUAACAGGAAAUUGUUCCAGAACAAGGAUGGACUCAGUUUAUGGGAAGCUAACGAGCUGUUGAAACCCCUGUCUUCUUUACUGUAUGGAUCGCUUAGCAACUUCCUCUACAUUGCGUGCCGUUACCAUUUAAUUAUUUUGUUAAUACGGUACAAUUGGUUGGCGGCAGCUAUGGUUGUGCUAUUGCAGUUUGUUAUGGUGUUGACCUUUGUGUUGGGCUCGUAUCUCCUGGUCCGACGGAAAUAUCGUGCGCCACCAAAUGACAAAAACAGACACGAAGACGGGCAUGUAAAAACGUUUUCCUCGCUCUUGAAAAGACGUCUGGGGCCGUUAUAUGCCUUUUGCAGCCAGCUGUGCAGCACAGCCAGUUAUUUUCUCCUGGUCCCGGUAACAACAACCACAACCGGCGCGGGCUGUGUGCUGGCGGUUGUGUUACAAACGGCAGCAUUAACUGUCUAUGUGACUAUAACGCAGGCUCAGUGGAACAGAGACAUCUGCUGUCGAAGCGAACGGCUCUAUGAACACACCCUUGGUCCGUCGGCAAUCUGGCUACUGGCCAUUAACGGGAUUGUAUCCUGCCUGGUCUUACCAGCGGCACACUAUUUUCUGGAAUUUCGUGCCGGAUCCACGCGGUCGCUGCGUCAUCGCAGCGAGUGCUGGAAAUGUCAAGAUUUCCAAAGUUCUUAUCUGGAAUACCGACCGUGUUGGCUGUGCGAAUGGAUGUGGCAGAAAAAUCGAAGAAUCAACCGUGAAGCCGAUGACCGCGUCAACGUAAUGUUCGCUGAAGGCAACUUUCGAAAUGGACAGCAUUAUCCUGACGUGCAAAUCACCUGGCCUGCACCAUUUUUUGGAAACACCAAGCCUUCCUUCCAAACUAACGGCCAGUACAUUAAGGAAGCAGCGCAUCAGAUCCUGCUAAUCGCAGCAGAAAUCAGCCGGCUGAGGAAGCACGAGGGCGACCUCCUGCUAUGUGACGCACACCGGCAAGACUUAUCAGAAUCUCGCAUUAAAGCUGAUAGCGAAAGAGAAGAGAGGGUGUAUCAACUUAUGAGCGCUAGACUCGAUGACGUCUCAGCCGAAGGGCAACCAUCAACGUCCCGACAGACAUCUUACGAUUUUGACCAGGAUGUGCUGAUUAUCCGCGAGUAUCUCCGCUCUUCGAACCUAAAGAUGUACACCUUUCUCGUGCGCCUGUACGCCUAUCGUGCCAUACCAUUCCAGUUACUCUUCAAAUCCGUGCUGUACGAUGGCGGUAUUCGUCAACGUGACCGUCAGUCUCUUUAUUGGUUUCAAAUGAAACAACUCCGGAAGGAACACCGAUGCUGUGCUUCCAAGUGUAAUAUGAGUUACGAGGAGGGCGUUACACAGGACAUUUCAGUAUACGAAGUGGCACCACCUUAUCUGCCAGCAUUUAAGUAUAAAGUUAACUUGGCUGAUCGCAAUCAUUAUAAUUUCCACUUUGCCGGCACCUUCUUCAUGCUGAAGGAUAAGGAAGGAAGACCACCCGCACCUCUUCGUCAGUGCCCUUGGAAACCUAUUCCACGGACGCCAGUAAACCGUCUUAUUGACGACGACGUACACUCGCAAGCAGCGCACAAAGCCCCAGCUGUUGCACCCGCUGACAACAGUAACACUGCUGGCCGAGUCUUUAUGGCCACGAGAAGCAAGCGUAUGUUCAGUCCUGUGAGCCAUUUCCAGUAUAACACCAAAACCAGCCUCUAUACAGUAGCGUUGGCUGGAGAGAAAUGCAUGAGAGCUGCAACCGGGAUUAGUGCUGAGCAGCUGGCGAACGAUCUGGAAGCAGCCGCAUUGGCGUUUGGGUUGGACACUGCAGAUUCUGGAACUGAGUUUCAAGAGUACGAGUAUGAUUAAAGGAACUGAUUAAUACACUUCUCACUGGAUUGCAGCAAACUUAAGAAGAAUUAAUUUGUCGAAUGGCCCCACAAUCCACCAGUUUUGUAAUUUGUUUCUUUGUUUUUUUUACUCUGAUUAACGUUUACAGAUUUCAGAAAUAUCCUGCACCAGGAGUAGACUACCGUAAAAGCAGUGGCGAAUCAGACGGGUUUAGACGAAGAGGCUAGAGAACUCACACCAAAGGGGGUAUCAUGCUCUCGCUUUUUCGGCGACCUCCGGCGAAAAAAAUUCGCAACGUACCCCCCUCUUGCAGAUUUUUUUGACGUCCGAGUCACCCGGAGGGUAUUAGCCCCGGGAGCCCCCCCUCUUAAAUUCGCCACUGCGUAAAAGAUUCUCACCUAACUUCAAUUUACGUACGAAUACGGUACGUAAAAUUAAUUGUUGUUUUUAUCUAUUUUGCCUUUGGUAUCGUCAUGCAUUCAUAAACCACCACUUUUAUAAAACCACUAAUAAGCACUUUUAUUC